CACACUCGUGUGGAGACGUUUUUGUUUUUGGCUGGUUUCUUGAUGGCUGAAAGAUGCAGAAUUCCAAGGCCAAAAUGGACGAAUUCAAGAGCAAAUUCUUGGACAUAUUGCACAAACAGACGAACCGUCAAAUGAAAAUUCCUGCCAUGGGAUUUUCGGAUUAUUUCAUCCAAACGGUGACCACAGAUGCCUCGCCCAGCCAAGAAACGGACACCACGGACGCGGCGGCCAGCACUUCCAGCGAGACGAACGCACAAAAGUCGGACCAGGAGAUCCUGGAGGGCAUCGAGCAGUGCUACUACAGCCCCGACAGCAAUCCGCAGCUGUACGAGCUCAAGAAAGUUCUCAACGAUGGCAUAGACAACGAGCUCAUCGAGGUCACCAUUGCACAACUGCGCACUCAGCAGAAGGUUCUCACCAAGCAGGUGCUGCAGAACAUCCUGGAGCAGCGCAAUGCCUGCAGCAGCGAGUUCGCGGCCAUCAAUGACACCCAGAAGAAGCUGGAGGAGUCGCUGUGGACCUGCCAGAAGGCGAGAUCCUACCUGAACUUUGCCCGCACCAACUUGACAACCACUAGCCUGGAGAUCCUGGCGAGCUACCGCAAGCGGGAGGUGCUCAAGGAGGUGUUGGACACCCUGGUGGCCAUCAAGAGACUGCGCACCACAGACGUGGAGGUGCAGAAACUGCUGGCGGAUCACAACUACAGUGCUGCCAUCGCCCUGCUCCUGCAGUGCAAGAGCUCCGCCGAGGCCUAUAUGCAGUUCAACUGCGUGCAAUCGCUCUCCAAGAAGCUGCAGGAGACCAUGCUGCUCAUGGAGUUUCAGCUGGACACAGUGCUCAAUGAGAUGGUACUGGGCUUCGAUGGACGCAAGUACGCCAAGCUGCAGGAGGCCUACAAGCUGGCCAACAAGUCGCUGAUGGCCAUGGACCAGCUGCACAUCAACUACAUUUCGGCCAUUCACUCUUCCGUAAAUGCUGUGCUGCGCGGCUACAGCGAUCUCGGCCAGGAUGAUCAGGCCAAGCCGCUCUACGAACAGCUGUGCGAACAGCUCAGCGUGGAGAAGCUGCUGCCGUGUUUGAUCAGUCUGUGCAAGACCUUCUGGACCAUUCUGGCCUCCUACUACCAAGUGGUCAUGUGGCACAAUAACUACAAGUUGUAUGGACAGGAGGAGGAGGAUUCCCCAGAUGUUUACAUCCAGCAGAAGCUGAAAAAGGGACAAUCUCGGGUGUGGAACGAUAUUCUGACCAAGGUGUGCCUGUUCCUGCAGGCAGCCAAGUUGACGGCGCUCAAAUACGACCAGUUCAUCCAGGUGCUGUCCGUAGUGCAGCGCCUAAAAAAGGUGGGCUUGGAGUUCUGCGGCGAGCAGUCGGAAAAGCUGAUCGAAACGAUGCAGCAGCAGAGCGAGGAGUUUUUCAGGCGCUACCAUAUCUGCUGUGUGGAGGAGAUCUGCCUGUUCCUGGACAACGAGUCUUGGACGCAGGUUGAUUCGUUUUCGCAUAUCCUGCAAUUGCCUGAAUUUCGAUCGGUUCGGCACACUCUGCGACGCCACAAAUCCCCGACAGCAGCUUUGCUGGCCUCAUCGAACAACUCUCCAAUCAGCAAUAAUAACUGCGACGAGCUGGUUUCCGUGCACUCCCAGGAUGGCGGCAGCUCCAUUUAUGGUUCCUAUGGAUAUUUUCUGCGAUUCUCCGAAAAGAGUUCGCCUUUCGAUGGUGGACUAGACGCAGCCAUGUUGGAGGAGGAUAUUCUGUCCGGCAUUGUGGACGAAGCCUCCUGUUACUUCAGCGAGGAGAGCGAUGACGAGCAGAAGAGUUUGCAAAGCAAGGAGUUCGACGACACUAGCAAUCAACUGCUGGUAAACAACACUGCUUUGAACGUGCUGCGAAUUAUUGGAAAAUAUCUGCAGAUGUGCAAGCUAUUGCACUGCAUCUCUCCGAGGAUUGUGGCUUGCAUUUUAGAGCUUAUUGACUUUUACGUUUACGCUGUACACGAAAUCUUCGGAAAGGAUGCGCCCGUGGCAACAGAGAAUAUGUAUACUUCACGAUUGGAGCAACGUUUGCGCUCGGUGGAGGCUAACGUCCUGCCUCAAAUCAAGCUAUGGCCCCUUAACUUUUCCUCUCUGGCUAACAACGAGCUGGCUAAUCCGGACACACUUUACGGCCUGUCGCAGCGCAUCGUGGCCGUUGAGGCGGGUCGCAGCAUGCUGCAGCAGUUCCACAUUCUCCAGCACUAUCUCAACCACCUGCUGCCCCUGGCAGAGCGUCCAACGCUGGCCAGCUACCUGGAGUACAGCGAUUAUAUGCUCGAUCUGGGCAAACCCGUUUACACCUGCGUCACGUCGCGCGUCAUCGAUUUGUCAUCCAUUCUGGCGCAGAUGGCCAAGGUCAAGUGGGAUGUGAAUCAUGUAAUUCAUCAGCACAGCAGCUACAGUGAUGUUUUAAAUAGGAACAUACAAAGCUUUGCCAUGUGUCUGGAGGAGAUUGCCAAGGAGGUGCCUGUGCCUAGCAAACACGUGUGGAAUUCCAUGGCCCAUGUGGCCACGCAUUUGUUGGUAGAGGGUUUCUCCAAUGUGAAGAAAUGCUCUGCUGGCGGACGCGCUCUUAUGCAGCUGGACUUUGCGAACUUCAUGUCGUUCCUCGAGCUCAUAUCGAACCAAAAGUAUCCACAGCAUCGCUCGUACGUGGAUGUGUUCAUCAAGACCUACUACUUUGCGCCAGAGCAGUUUGAGCAGUGGAUUGAACAGCAGCGACUGGGGGAUGAGUACUCCCUCAAACAGUUGAACAACCUCAUCCAGUGCAUUUGUGUCAGCGACAAGCGCACGCGGCAAAGGCUGCUGCAAUUGCUCGAUGUUGGGAUAGCAAAUGGGGUGACCACGUCGACGACGCCGACAACAACGCCUCAAAAGAACAACCACGGAUCCGUAGCAGGCUCAAAUUUAAGCAGCGUUAUCUGAGCUCCCCUGAAAGAUUAUUAUUUUAUUUUAUUUAUUUUGUUAUAACCCCAAGCUAACCUUGUUAGUAGAUCAAUCUCGUGACAUUCUCUAUGUGUAUUUAACAUUCCGUUUAGUGCAAAUUAACAUUGUGUUUAGGCUAAAGAUUCUACCUUAGUUAUACAGGCGAUCUCCAUGAUGUACUUCGUUUCGAAUUUCGAAUCUCCCCAACCCAGAUCCUCUUUAAGUGCAAUCCCCUCUCUUUUUCGCUCUCUCAGAUGCAACGCAAUUGGCAAACUUGGUAAUUGAUAAUUGGCAAUUGGUUCAUCGUUCACCGUGACUUAAGUACCUAGAGAAAGCAGACAUAUAUACACACAAAACACGUAUAAUUAAGACGUAUAAAUACCUAUUUAUUUUACUACCUAUUUGUAAUAUUUAUUUGCAGCAGGAAACGGACAAAUAAUUGUAGAACAGAUCAAAUGUAAUGGGCGGCUUAUCAGUUUGAUUUGCCACGCCCCCCACGACAACACACAACAUUAACUAUUUAGCAACUGUAACAAAAUAACAAAGAUUACAUAUUUUGAGAUAUGCAUAUUACAAACAA